AUGGACCGUGGGAACUACCAAUGUGGUGGCAGCGAUAACACCGGCAGGGGUGAGCACCAGAUAGGAGGUGGAAUUCAGCAGCAGCAGGUUGUGGAUGGUCCUCCUCAAUCUUCUGAUGUUGAUGUGGGGUCCCUGAAAAUUACAGAACAGAGUUCAUCAUCCCUUCCAGAACGUGUACCUGAUACUGGAAAAAUUGCUGUCGAGUCAAUUACGCUGCUUGCUAAUCAUUUUCCUGUUAGAUUUAAUCCCCAGUCUAUCAUUAUGCAUUAUGAUAUGGAUAUUCAACAUCAGCCGGUAACAGACAAGUCUGAUCUCCGUCAGAUAAGAGAAAAGUGGUUGACGGAUAAGCCUGCUGAAUUUCCCUGUGAUAAAACUGGUAAGAAGAACAUUUUCAGUGCUGUUCAACUUCCUACUGGCUGUUUCACUGUGAACGGGGGGGAUGAUGCUAUGGAACGCUCUUAUGACGUUAUCAUCAAGCCUGUUGCUGAAUUACAACUUUCGAAGCUGAGUGAAUAUUUGAGUGGACAUAUUCCUCGUGAUGUACAAGGGAUGGCGUUGUCCUUAGAUUACUCAGUCUUGGCACUCCCGGAACCAAUGCUAGUGCUAGACUAUCUGAAGGAAUAUCUUAAAGAACCUAACGAAGUUACUUUCAAGAACAACCGUCAAGCUGCACAGGUUGCAUUAAAGGGUUUGAAAGUCGGAGUAAUUCAUCGUCAUACCAACCAGAAGUUUAUUAUUAAGGAACUAACUGACCUCGACACUCAUAAACUCACUUUUCCCCUUAGAGAUCCAAAAGGCAAAGAUUCCACAACCGAAGUUUUUCUUGUUGACUACUUCAGGGAUAAAUAUCAGCGGGAGAUUCAGUUCAGGGAUUUUCCUUCAUUAGUUAUUGGAAAAGGUAAUAAGAUAAACUAUGUCCCCAUGGAAUUAUGUGUCUUGGUUGAGAAACGACGGUAUCCUAAGGAGGAUUUGCAUAAGGAUACAGCCUUGAUUUUGAAGAAUAUAUCACUAGCCCAACCCCAACAGGCAAUAUGUGAAAUGGUACAGGCUAAAGAUGGGCCGUGCGGGGCUAUCACCGGUAAUUUUGAGAUUGGAGUUGAUAGGAACAUGACCUGUGUUCUCGGUCGUAUUCUUCCUCCCCCUGAUUUGAGGCUAGGCAGUCAAAGUCGACAUCAUGUGAAUGAUAAAUGCCAGUCGAAUCUUGUUGGGAAAUCUGUGGUGGAAGGUAAGGAAAUUCGACGAUGGGCUUUGAUAGAUUUUAGCUCUAAGAAUGACAGGGACUUGAAGCGACAAGUUGAUGUAUUUGUUGACAAAUUGAAAGAUCGGUACUUAAGGUUGGGUAUUAAUAUGGAAGAACCUGCUGUAAAACAUUUCACACACAUGAAUGAACUCUCUGCAGUUGGUAAGGUUGAAAAACUCCUCAAUGAUGUAGUUAAUGAAGCUAGCCAGAAAAACAAGGGUAAACUUCAAAUGAUAGUUUGUGUUAUGGCAUCAAAGGAUAAUGGAUACAAAUAUCUUAAAUGGGUCUCUGAGACCAAAAUUGGCAUUGUAACCCAGUGUUGCUUGUCUUCUAAUGCCUACAACAAUGCAAAGGAUCAAUUUCUUGCAAACCUCUGUUUGAAGAUUAACGCAAAACUUGGAGGCAGCAAUAUGGAACUUAUGGAAAGACUCCCUAAUUUCGGAAGUGAAGACAAUGUCAUGUUCAUUGGAGCUGAUGUUAAUCAUCCUACUGGCAAGGAUAGUGACAAAUGUCCAUCCAUAGCAGCUGUUGUUGCCACCGUCAACUGGCCAACUGCUAAUAGAUAUGCCGCUAGAGUUCGUCCUCAGGAACACAGGACUGAUAAGAUUCUAGAGUUUGGAAAAAUGUGUAAAGACCUAGUUGAUACUUAUGCGAAACUCAACUCGGUUAAACCAAACAAAAUUGUUGUUUUCCGUGAUGGUGUGAGUGAGAGUCAGUUUGAUAUGGUACUCAACGAAGAGUUGAAGGAUUUGAAAGAAGCUAUAUACGAAAGUGAUAAGUAUCGACCAUCAAUCACUCUUGUUGUGGCUCAGAAGAGACACCAUACGCGACUAUUUCCUAAGGUGGGAAAUGUGCCUCCGGGAACUGUUGUGGAUACACAGAUCGUUCAUCCAUCUGAUUUUGACUUCUAUCUUUGCAGCCACUUUGGACAGUUGGGUACUAGCAAGGCAACUUACUAUCAUGUUCUACAUGAUGAUAAUGGCUUCAGUUCUGACCGCUUACAAAAGCUUAUAUACAACAUGUGCUUCACUUUUGCGCGGUGCACUAAACCUGUUUCACUUGUUCCACCAGUUUACUAUGCAGACCUUGUUGCUUACAGGGGACGGAUGUUCCAAGAGGUGCUUAUGGAGAUGAACGCUUCUAGCUCUACAACUUCAUCUGUUUCAUUUGAACAAAGUUUCUAUAAAUUGCACAAUGAUUUACAGAACAUAAUGUUUUUCGUCUGAUGGCAGACCCGUCAACUUUUUGAUCUCCUUCACCAUUCCCACACUGGGGAGGAGAUGAUUGUCUACAUUUUGGAGAUGCCCAUUUCCAAACGCAUUUGAACCUCCUUUUCGUCGUCGACGUAGCAAAGGAGUUUGUGCGUGAAUCUAAUGGGAUUUCAUGCUUCUUUUAUUCUUUAUGGUGUGAGUUUAUGCAUUGAUGUCUUAAUGCUCUGACGUUUGAUUAUGUUUUAUUUACUUUGAGAUGUUUUGUGUUAUGUAUUCUAAGACAAGUUAAAUUUCGUCUUAAUAAAUUUGUG